AUGAUCGGGAUCUCGUCCCUCAUGUUCUUCAUCGCAACUUGGCAUCUGAUAAUGAACGCAUACCGGAUGGUCGAGGGAUACGUCGACUACGCUCUCGCUCCCGGUGGUGCAGUGGCGUAUAUCGGGAAUUUGGUACCCUGGCAUCACAUCCUCAAGGACACACUUUAUGCUACGCAAGAGAUUCUCGGUAGUGCUGCAGCUAUAUACCGCUGCUGGGUACUCUGGGGCCACAAUUGGAAGAUCAUCCUUUUCCCCUCGACGUUACUAAUAGUUAACACCGUCGCCGGAUACAUGGUGUGCGGGCUAUACAGCAAAGUAUCCCCAACCGACACCGUAUUCGCAUCUAGCCUCACCGUCUGGAUCAAGAUCUUCUACACCCUCGCUGUCGUGCUCAACAUCAUCACCACCUCCCUCAUGGGAUACCGCAUCUGGUCGACCCACCGUCAAUCAUCGCGCUUCGCCACUGGCCACAACAACAGCCGACUGCUUCCAAUCCUGAGAAUCCUCGUCGAGUCAGCGGCGCUGCAGCUGAUCAUUGAGAUCGUCCUGUUGGCUUUAUAUUGUUCGGAUAUCAACGCGCAGUAUAUUUUACUGGAGAGCGUAGCCUCGAUCGUGGGUAUAACGUUCAAUGCUAUAACCAUCCGCAUCAAGUUCCAGAGCAUCCGCAGCGCCGCGAGCAGGAAUAUCUCCAGCAACGGGGCGAUGCACACCGUCGGGAGCAUGCCGAUGCGCCAUAUUCAAGUGAACAUCGCGAAAGACGUGGAGGAAGGGGAUGAUGGGCUUGCGUAUUCUAAAUCGAAUAGCGAGCCUUAG